GAGACUUUUGGAGAAGUGAAAUUAGGGUUGCUUCUUCUCAGAAAGAAUAGAAUAGAGAGAGGCGUUUUUUCUUCUAAAAAGAGACAGAAAGCAGUAGGAAGGAAGGAAGGAUGGAUUUCUCAUCUUCUUCAAGUGGUUCUUCUUCAUCGGGAUCUCAGCCUUCACCUGAGGUUUUCAUGGACCAGCUCAAAUCUCAGCUUGCUCAAGCUUAUGCGGAGGAAUUUCUAGAGACUGUCAGGGGCAAAUGCUUUUCUAAGUGUAUCACUAAGCCUGGAACGAGCCUGAGUGGGGGUGAAAGUAGUUGCGUCUCCAGAUGUGUGGAUCGAUACAUUGAAGCCACUGGUAUUGUUAGUCGCGCUCUGUUUAGCCAAACGCGUUGAAUUGUUACUGCUGCAGCAGGAUCUUUUAUCCUUGUAACUCAUCACUGGUAUAUUGGAAAGUUGCUACAGAACAUCUUUGAGUCCUGCUGGUUCAUAGUAGAUCACAAUCUUUAGACAUCUUCGUCGUUUAAAACUCGGUCUUUUUUUUUGGUUUUGAGAUAUGUUAUCCGAGAAGCAAUAGUCGUUAAUUCGUAGGACUAAAUGAUGUAAUGGCAAGUGAAAUUAAUUUAUGAAAUACCUUCUCUAUAUAAUAAGCAUACUCAAGGGUUGAACUAUUGUCUUCAACUUGUUCUUUA